AUGCAAGUCUGUAGAACUUGUCUUACAGGGGCAGUAGAAAAGGACAUACAUCAAUUGACAACCGAUUCAGAUGAAAAACAAAACUAUUCUGAAAUCAUGUUAUUUUGUUUGGAUAUCGAUGUUUCAUCGGACUUAAAAUUAACAACAAAAUUAUGCUCAACAUGUUAUUCAAACAUAUUAACAUUUUAUAAUUUCAAAAAACUAGCUUUAAAAAACGACAAAUAUUUAAAAUCAGUAAUAGUAAAUAGUAAAGAAGAAGAAGUAAAAAAUGAACAAUUUUUGACAGUAAAAAUUAAAAAUGAAGACACAAAUAUUUAUGUCGAGAACAAAAAUGAUAGUGAUACAGAAUUCAAAAUAGAAUAUGAAUUUAAAGAAGAGGAUAAUACACAAGAUUUACAGUCUGACGAUGAGCUUCUUAGUGUUAUUAAGCAAAUAAAAGAACAAAAAACUAGUAAAAAAAGCAAAGCGAAUGGUGUAUCCAAAUCAGAUGAACAAAAAAAAGUUAAGAAGAGGAAGCGAAAUAGGGAAAUGGAAAGACGUGAACAAGUCUGUGAUGAAUGUGGAAAAACAGUUCGGAAUUUAAAGCAACAUAUGUACUUACACCAGCCUUUGAAUGUAAGAAAACGGUACAAGUGUAAGGCUUGCGAUAAAAUGUUCACAGGUCCUAGUGCAAGAUUAAGACAUUACAAGAUCAAACAUUUGGGGAUAAAACAACACUGUGACUUGUGUAAUAAGGAUGUUGUGCACCUCGCCAGUCAUUCUAUGAUAAUGCAUAAUACAGCACCUCUGCCUUUUGAGUGUAUUCCGUGCGGAAAAAGGUUUAUAUCCAAAUCUUUAAGGGAUCACCACAUUCUCAUACACACAAAGGAUAGGCCACAUAAGUGUGACCAGUGCGAUAAAUGUUUCAAAAGUAAACUGAAUUUAGCAUCACAUAAGAGACAAGUGCAUGAUAAAGAAAAAUCACAUUUAUGCCAGUUUUGCUCUAAGAGCUUUUUUAAGAAAUAUCAUUUACAAAUACAUAUAAGGACUCAUUCUAAAGAAAAACCAUAUGAAUGUCCCGACUGUGGCAAAUGCUUCUCUUCAACUACAAUAUUGAAAAACCACCGACUCAUACAUAGUGAUGUUAAGAUGUUUGCAUGCGAACAUUGUGGUAUGACAUUCGCUAGGUCUGGAUAUUUGAAGAAUCACAUGAUAAGCCAUACAAAAGAAAAGCGGUACUCGUGUCAGUUUUGUGAUGUGCGUUUUGGACGGUCCGACCAUCGUAGGAGACACGAAAGGACUGCCCACCAGAGAGGUUUACAGCCUUCUGUA